AUGUCAUCCCUCGAACCGUCCUUCCAUCCGCAUAUUUCUUCUUCCUUUCAUGAGGAAGGUGGAAUGGAUCUGAGAUUUAAUUCAUUCCGAACAGGAGCUGAUGAUGGAUAUUUAGUGAAUGCUCAUCAAGGAGAUCAUGGAUUGAUGAUGAAUAACGGAGAUUAUUACACUAAUGGAGAGAGUGGAACAAAUGAGGAAGGAGUAUCACUCUUGAUGGGGAGUGGUUCAAUUAAUCAUCAUCAAAAUGAUGAAAAUAACGGAGGAGGAGAUAAAGUAAACGAACAUGAAGUGCAAAUUAAAAAACAAUUACCUUCCAAGACGAAUGCAGUCUCUGCUUUUUUGAACAUUACCAAAACAUUUGCUGGUGCUGGAUCGUUUGCACUUCCUUGGGCCUUAAAACAAUCUGGACUCUUAGCAGGAGUCAUUACAUUAAUUUUAUUGGCAAUUUUGAGUAAUUAUACGAUGAAGCUUUUAAUCAAAUGUAGAAGAUACAUUCAAUCUCAAGAAGAGUUUAAAGAAAAUUCAGAAUAUUGGAAAAUUAGAUCGAUUCGAAUUCCAAUUUCAAAGAAAAAAACUGUGAAUGAGGAGACAGGUGAAACAGAGACUGAACCAGUGUAUCCUAAACGACAUCCACCUCCACGAAUUGAAAAUCCAGAAACUGGUGAAGUUGUGACAACAAUACCAAAGGCUAUCGAUCCUAACGAUUAUAUUUAUGAAGAGGAUCGUAUUAUUACCUAUGCUGACAUUGGAUAUGAAGCAAUGGGAAAUGUUGGAAGCAUUGUCGUACAUUUCCUAAUGAUGUCAUGUAAUAUUGGUGUUGCAACUAUUUAUUUAGUGUUGAUGGCUUCAUGUUUAAAUGGAAUGGUCUCUCAAAUUCCUCUCAGAAUUUGGAUGCUCUUUUUCAUUCCUCUAUUUGUGAUUUUAUCAUGGAUAAGAUCUUACAAAUAUUUAGCUCCAUUGACUCUUAUUGGAACUCUUGCUUUAUUGUUUGCUCUUGGAUCCGUCAUUGUUUAUGGUUUCAUUUAUCAAAGACAUAAUAUGAAAUGGCCAUGGGAGUAUGCUCAUGUAGCUUUUAUUGAGCCUGCAACUAUUCCAUUAUUCAUUGGAAGUGCCAUGUUCUUAUUUUGCACACAUACUAUGAUGCUUAGUGUCGAACAAAGUAUGAAGAAGCGAAAAGCCUAUUACUGGACUCUUAAUUUAUCAUUUAUAUUUAUUGUUAUUAUUAACUUGGCAUUUGGGUUGUUGGUAUUUGAAUUCUUCCCUUAUAAUAUCAAACAAAGUGCUACUGCAAAUUUACCACAAGAUUCAAUCUUUGUGUACAUUAUUCAGUCAUGCCUUUGUUUGGAAUUAAUUUUAACUUAUACAGUGGUGCUCAUGCCUGUGGGAGAAAUCUUUGACGAAAAAGUUCUACAGAAAUUGUUAGACAAAAUCAAAAGAUUUGUCACAUCCACACGAUUGUCUUCUGUUCUCUAUUAUUUAACAAGUGGAAUAUUCAGAUCCAUCAUUGUACUGGUCACUGUUGGUUUGGCUGAAAUAUUUGGAGACAAAUUCGGAAUUGUCAUGUCUUUCAUUGGUGCUCUUUCUCCUAAUCCUCUUGCAUUUGUGUUACCUCCUCUUUUCUAUCUAAUUAUUAUGAGAAAAACCAUUUCUCUUUUCACUUUUAUUUUAAAUGUAUUUAUUAUGGUAUUUGGAGUUUUGACGAUGGCUUGGAACACUUAUUCGAGUAUCAUGGCAAUCGUGAAUCCUUAA